GUGCCCGCGGUGCCCGGCGGCCGCCGAUGGAGGCAGCGGGCGGCCGCCCCCGGCUGUGUGUCAGGCUGCGCCCGGGCACCCGCUGCCCCGCGCGGGAGGAGACGCUUGUUGCAGGCGCGCCACCGGGCAGCGCUGGCCGGGCUCUUCGGCGUCCUGCAGGAGGCUGGGCUGGCCUGGGCAAAAAGCUCGGCCUCGAAGUAUCAGGUUUUGUGUAAGGCUAAGAAAUAUAUCCAGGAGCUGGAGCAAACCUUGGGUUCUUUGCUGAAGAUGAAAGAGUCCUUCAGUCUGGAGGAGGGGAACCCGUCCAGCCUGGAGGAAGUCAAGGAGGAAUAUGUCAAGAGGUACUUCAACAAUCACAGCACUGCAUCACCCUCAGGAGCUGUGAGUGAGAGUAAUUCCACCAUCUGGUAUUUGAUACAAGAAUGUGAAAAAACAAUGGAAGAGGAUGGGAAGCCAGUAUUUACCCAGUACCCAAGCACUUCAUCCCCAGAGCUGGUGGAAUUUGAACGGUACCUGUAUGUUUAUAAGCACACAGUAGACCUGCUGAUAGAGCAUGGAGUUGUUUGCACUAAGGAGGCACCUCUUCCUGUGGUCUCCAUGGCUAUUUCACACCUCUGGCAAGAACUUUCUGAAGAAAGGAGAGACAGCAUCUUGCAGUACUGUAGCCAGAGAGAUUUCCUCCUGGAUCCGAAGGCUGCUUGCCAAGAACCUGUGUGCACUGAUGAUGACGUGAGGGACAGUCAAGGUAACAGUGAGGAAGCCAGUGGUUCCUCAGUCUCUACACCGGAGGAAGUAAUGUUUGAAGAUGCGUUUGAUGUUGCUGCUGGUUUCCUUGACACAAAUGAGACUCAGGGAACAUCUAGCCAGAGUUCAGCAUUUGCAAGCUACACUUCUGAAAAUCCAGAGGAUGACCACAGACUCUAUCUGCAGAUCACUGACUUCCUAAAAAGCCUUUUCUUUGCUAACGCACAGUUUUGCCAGGAAGAAGAUCUUCAGUUUGAUUAUGAGACUGUGAUGCUGAGGUGCACUGAGACCUUCGAUGAUGAAGAUUUGUAAAUAGUAUCUCUGUUGGCUAAAGUGGUGUAUCCAGCAGUGCUUGGCAAAAGUCAUGUGAAGAGACUGCACCUCUUUUGGUGGAGCACCUUUCCAAGCAGAAUGGGGAGACACCGUGUUGAAGUGGUUUGUUAUUGUUAACUUCCCCUUCCCUCGUCAGCGCUUCUCAACAUACCAGUUGAGCAAUUUAUACUUUUAAAAGUUCCAGAUUUAAAAUGUUUAUA